AUGAUUAACGACAACAACACAUUUAAUGAGACUAAUAGUUCGUCAAGUGUUGUCAAUGAUGUCAUACCUAGAGCAGUUGGAUUUUGGCUUUAUUUAAUUUUUCUUAUACCAUCUAUUAUUUGUUCAUUGAUUGUUCUCUCGUAUCUUCUAUUUCAUCGUCCAUCACGUAAUGCUCUCAAUAAUCAUGUUAUUCUUGUUGAUCUUAUUAUUGGUCUUAUAUCUGAAGUAACACUUUAUCCAUGGAUACUUUAUUAUUAUCAACAUGAUGGUAUAUGGCAUAGAUCUCCUCUCUUUUGUGCUAUUUGGAGUUUUAUUGAUUCGGGUCUUUAUGUUACACAAAUGAUGCUCUUUUGUUGGGCUACUAUUGAACGACAUAUACUUAUUUUUCAUAGUCGAUGGGUGAUGACUAAAAAGAAACGUUUUUUUAUUCAUUAUCUUCCUCUCAUAUUACUUCUUCUAUAUUGCAUUAUCUAUUAUAGUGUUGCCAAUUUUUUUCCACCUUGUCAAAAUUAUUUUGAUGAUUCUAGCAUGCAAUGUUAUUAUCUUUGUUUUUAUGAUACAUAUGCUAUUUUUAUGUGGGAAAUGUUAGUUCAUGAAAUAAUACCUUCUAUAACAAUAGUUAUAUCAAGUUUAGCUUUGAUAAUACGUGUUUCAAGACAAAAAAAUCGUGUAAAUCAACUAAUUCGAUGGCGAAAACGUCGAAAAAUGACAAUUCAAUCAUUAUCUAUAUCUUUACUUUUUACUAUAUUCUUUUUUCCAGUAGCAAUGAUGAACUUUAUAUACUUAUGUGGUUUACCGUAUAGUGAGGGAACGGAAGUUUUUGAGUAUAUUUUAUUUUUUAGCUACUACAUGCCUCUUCUAUUACCUUUUGUUUGUAUCUUAUCAUUACCUGACCUUCGAAACAAAAUUAGUAACAUCUUAAAAUCUCGACAACAAGUAAGACGUAUUGAACCUGGAAUAUGUGGAAUAAUAAUGAUUGCUAGACAUCCAAUCCAUGUUUAA